AUGUCACCCUUCAAGUUUGGGGGCCUCUUCCAUGCUGGGGUGGAGAUCGGGGGCAAGGAGUGGUCCUUUGGAUACGCGGCGGUGGGCUCCGGAGUGCAUUGCUCGACGCCGAGGAAACACCCGCUGCACAACUAUCGAGAAACCCUCGAGCUGGGGGUGACGAGUCUGUCGCAGGCUGAGGUGCGGAGCCUUCUGGAGGCCAUGGUGAGAGAGUACCCUGGGAGAGGCUACCAUCUAAUUCGAUGCAACUGCUGCCACUUCGCCUCGGACCUUUGCCGUCGCCUAGGUGUUGGGGACGUGCCCGCGUGGUUGGAGCGUUUGGCGUGGAUCGGCGAAUCCCUGCUGGAGGCUUCUGAGGGCCUGGAGCGCUUUCGCUGCGUGAUGGAAGAUGUUGCAAGCCAUGCUUGCUGA